ACUUGACAAAUAGGGUUUUGGUGUAACCCCUUUCCCCUGCUGCGUCGUUUAUCCUAAUCGCGCUUCCGUCGCCGUCGUCAUCUCCGGUCACGCUUGUCAUCGUUUCCAUUCCAAUUUGAAUCGAUUUCUGGAAAAAAAAUGAUUUUUUUUAACUUAGCAGCAUCAUUAUGCAGAAGAGUUAGCUUGAGGGAACUGAUCACUGAGGUUCCUGCUUAUAGUGGCAGUAGCAUUUCCGAUGGUUCUUCAAGUGGGUUGAGUUUGGUCUUGAAGCGUUGGGCUACAAAGAAAACCGCUGGUUCUACAAAGAAUGGUCGUGACUCUAAUCCCAAGUUUCUCGGUGUUAAGAAAUUUGGAGGAGAGAGUGUGAUACCGGGAAACAUCAUAGUUCGUCAACGCGGAACUCGGUUCCAUCCUGGAGACUAUGUCGGGAUCGGUAGGGAUCAUACUCUGUUUGCAUUGAAAGAAGGCCGAGUCAGGUUUGAGAAAAACAAGAUAACUGGACGCAAAUGGAUUCAUGUUGAUCCAAAAGGUGGCCACGUUCUUCACCCUAUCUACAGAAACACUGCAGCUGCAAAAUCGACCAAGUUGGAGUCAGCUUCAUCGUCGUGAAAACUCAUCGAUUUAAAACCAAAGGUGUCUUCAUAUGAUCUCUUGACUAAAAAAAGAUUGAUGAGUAUCAGAACAGCAACACUCAAGUUUAAUAACAAUCUGCUGUUUUUGUUUUUGCAUUUCAGUGUUGUCUGGAUAUUGAUGAUGUGCCUGUUUUAAGCCAUGCAUAAGUUCAUAAGAUUACAAUUCAUUCUAUUCCCCCAAAUGUUUGUUAAUGAACCCUGAAUAUUUUUCAUGUGUUUAUAAAACAGACAAACUUAUCGUUGAU